GCUGUUUGCUGCUCAGAUGGCGUCCAUUGUUGCCCAUCAGGAACAACUUGUGAUGUAUCAGCAGGAAAAUGUAACCGUGGCAACAGUUUUACAGAAGUGGUUCACUAAAGUUGAGGCUCAGCAAGUAAAGUCUAAAGAUGUGGAAUGCCCUGGUGGUACAGCCACAUGCCCUAAUGGCAGCACAUGUUGCAAACUUUCAUCUGGACAGUAUGGGUGCUGUCCAUUACCAAAUGCUGUUUGCUGCUCAGAUGGUUUACAUUGUUGUCCCUCAGGAACAACUUGUGGUGUAUCCGCAGGACAAUGUAACCUUGGCAACAGUGUUACAGAGUGGUUCACUAAAGUUGAAGCGAAUCCAGUAGAAUCUAAAGUUGUGAAAUGCCCUGGGGGGAAACAAGGAUGCCAAGAUGGUAACACAUGCUGCCUGUUGAAGACUGGACAGUAUGGUUGUUGUCCAUUGCCAAAGGCUAUAUGUUGUCUAGAUCGUCAACAUUGCUGCCCAGCAGGUUACAAGUGUAACACCGCCUCAGCCACAUGCUCCAAAGCUGACAAAACCCUUCCAUGGUUCAAUAAACUCGAAGCAUUCCCCCUUGAAGCAGACGUAAAUCAAGCUGUUGUUGAAAUCACACAAGAGCAGAACAUUCCAGAAGAUGUUGAAAUAGUCGGGCAGAGUGUUAAAUGCCCAGAUGGACAGUCAGAAUGUCCUAGUGGAAACACAUGUUGUCACCAGAAGACUGGCCAAUAUGGAUGCUGUCCACUACCUUCAGCUGUAUGUUGUGAUGACAAGAUACAUUGUUGCCCCAAUGGUUACACAUGUGAUCCCUCUGCUGGUACCUGUAAUGCGGGUCUACAGUCACUCCCUUGGGUGUUGAAGGAACCAGCCAGAAAAUCUGAGCCUAAUGUUCUCUGUGGAGACAGUAAGACAUCCUGCCCUGGAGAAGAUACAUGCUGCAUGCUUUCUGAUGGCACAUAUGGAUGUUGCCCACUAAAAAAUGCUGUGUGUUGUUCUGAUCACCUCCACUGCUGUCCACAGGGCUCCACAUGUGAUCUCAAAUCAGGCAAGUGUACACAGGGAAAGAUCAGCAUACCAUGGGUAAACAAGGUACCUGGGAUUCCAAAAUCUCCUGUAGAGAACAAUGCCCCUGGGAAGACUGAACCUGCUGUGGCAUCUGUAAUGUGCCCUGAUGGAGAACAUGAGUGUGCAGAUGGCAACACAUGCUGCCAAUUACUCAGUGGAAGAUGGGGUUGCUGUCCAUUCCCUCAGGCUGUUUGCUGUUCGGACCACUUCCAUUGUUGCCCCAAUGGCUACAUCUGUGAUUAUUCAAGGAGUACCUGUGAUAGAGGCCACCAAUCUCAACAACUUAUUCGUCUCCAGAGAAUACCUUAAGAUGAUGCAGUUUUAGAGAUAGGAACAGUCCAGCCAUGAUAUGCUCACUUAAAACAAACAAUUGUUGUGUAUAUAUUAUGUACAGAUACUCUGUAUAUAAAGUUGGUGCGUAGACACUGUAUAAAAGCCUUUCGUUUUACAGUUUCAAGAAUUAUGGAUUAACUUCUAGAAGUGAAAAUGAAGCUCAGAAGCAUGAUAGUUCAAACCUUGGACAGGAAAUAGUUUGGGCUUUUACAUGUACAAUUGCGUAUGAAUUUAGUGACUGGUGUUUGGGUGUUACUUGUAUGGAAGCACAGACAAUGUAUAGUAGUUCAUAUGGGUAGCUUCGUAUGCAGGGUCUACCAUAAUUGGUGAGACUUCUGUCCCAUAACUGGAGACUUGAUUUUAUUGGCAUUAUUGAAAACUUGCCCAUAAUUGGUGAGACUUGUGUAACUUAAUAGAGAACACAUUGCCCAUAA